AUGAUAAUAGAGCCUGCAGGGCCCUCCCAGACUGUGUCCCCUGUGCUUGGCGAUAUACACAAAGUUGUUUCUAAAUGGGAGCUAGCUCAGUUGGCUAAGGUUCGACCAUUAAUAUUUGGUUUUAACGGACAAACAACCAUCAAGGAUUGUUUGAAAAUGCUUGAGAAAAAAAGUGCAGAGUAUAAUAUCAUCAAGGAGUUUACGGUAAAUAUUUUGUUCUUAACAAAAGUCUAUAUGAUGGGAACUAAGCACUUUGUAAAACACAUGCAGUUCAUCAAGUGGCCAGACCAUGGCACUCCUGCCUCAGCAGAUAUUUAUAGAAUUUGUAAUGUGAGGAAGAGCUACCUUACAGGACCCCUGAUUGUUCACGGCAGGGCUGGUGUAGGCCGCACGGGAGUGUCCCUAUGUCUGGGUGUUGCAUUCUGUGCCAUCAAAAAGAACUGCUCCUUCAACAUCCAGGACAUAGUGACCCACAUGAGACAGCAGCAUCGUGGCAUGAUUCAGAUGAAGCUGGCCAUCCUCACAGCCACCAAGAUCCCGUCUGGAAAGAGAAGAACAGCCUGGUGGUGGCCAAUGACCAAUUCCAGGAAGGGACCAACAGGCAGGAGGCAGCUGGGAAGCGUGUGCGUGACGGCGCUGGUGCGGGUUCACAGAUUAAGCUGCCGUCUGUGA